AUGCCCACCCUCCCUGCUGGCCUGGUGGCAGCUGCCCUGAUCCUCUACUUUCACUUCGUUUCUAUCCGUCUCCCCCUGAACAAUAUAUCUAAUUUCCUGUAUAAAUUGGGAAUGGGCAAGUUCAAGUCCUGGAUCCAGGGCUCAAGCGCUGGAUCAUCACGGCCAGCUACGACGGAGGAAAAGAAACUCAACCGGCGAUCAUUCUCCGGAAUAACACAACUCAAACCUAAGCGGGAGAUUGAGAAUCACCUGGGCACCGAAGAGCAGAACAUCGGAUCCAAAGUCGCAACAGAGACAAAAUUGGAAACGCUAGUCGACUCUCGCUUGAUUCAUCUUGCAAAAAUUAUCAGCACGGAAUCCAACAAACUUGACAGCUACUGUAAGAGUCAAGGACUUGCACCCCCGUCCUUUGACGCAGAUGCCCCACAAGAUUUCCCAAAGCUUCCUGAUGAUAUUCAGAAGAGUCGCCGUGAAAUUAUUUUCGCUGCCAAUGAGCUUUCAAGUCUAGUCCGUGGCCCACGCGAGAGCGUGAGAUGGGGAGUUUGGGGUAUCAUCAAUCACUACGGGAUCGCUGCUCUUGUGCCUGCAACGGGGACCAUAUCUUUCGCCGAACUACAGUCCAAGACUUCACUGGACGCGAUAAACCUUGCUCGGAUCAUGCGCCAUGCGAUGACAAACCACAUUUUCUGCGAGCCAACUCCAGGAACUAUUGCGCAUACUGCGUUGUCUCGCUGCCUCGCUGAUGAUGAUGCCCUGCAAAAUUGGAUUGGUUUCAACUCGGAAGACAUUUUCCCGGCAUCGGCCAACGUAUUGAAGUCUCUUCAAGCGUACCCUGAGGCAACGUCUUUGACCACAACCGGUUUCAACUUUGCGUUCGACACCGUAAACAAAGAACCCAUGUUCGUUACUUUCGGAAAGAACCCGAAAGCCGCAAAAAGAAUGGGCGCAGCCAUGGCCAGCCUGACUGGAGGAGAGGGGUAUGAGGUCCAUCAUUUUGUUGACAAUUACGACCUUGCAGACAUUGAUCAGAAUAACGGAACCUUUGUUGAUAUUGGUGGUAGCCACGGCUUUGUUUGCGUGGACCUGGCAAAGAAGUGGAAGAACAUCAAAUUCAUCGUCCAAGAUUUACCGAAAACAGUCGAAAGCGCGCCGAGCCCCAUUUCGGAAGAUGACGCUGUUGCCAGCAGAAUAACGCUUCAAGCCCAUGAUUUCUUCAAGGAGCAACCAGUCAAAGGAGCUGACGUAUACUUUUUCCGUUGGAUCAUUCAUAACUAUUCGACGCCAUAUGCGACCAGCAUUCUCAAGAGGCUCAUCCCGUCCUUGAAACCUGGCGCUCGAAUUGUAAUCAAUGACCAUUGCUUCCGGCAGCCUGGCGCAGAAAAUCCUUGGGAUGAGAAGCUGAUGAGGGGUAUGGAUAUGAUUAUGCUCACCCUGUUGAAUGCGCAGGAGCGCGAUGAGGCUGAAUUCAAGGCUUUAUUUGCUGCCGCGGAUCCUCGUUUCAAAUUCCAGGGCGUAACCAGAGCGCAGGGCUGCCGCAUGAGUGUCGUCGAGGCUGUAUGGGACCCAGAACAGAAUUCUACACCUUCAAAAGUCAGGGAAUUAGAGCUAUAA